AUGCUGUUUCAACCUCUCUUAGUCACGACUCUUUUGAGUGCCAUCACAGCUGUUGCCUCGCCGACAUGGUCUGCCCAGCAGGAAUACACCAAACAUCUUCCGAAGAGUGUCUCUAAGCAUCAAGGGACACGUCCAAAGACGGAUAUCUCACCCAAGAAGCCUUUCAAGCCAUUCCCUUCUUCACCCUCCAGAAAUAGAGUCUGUUACGUCAGCUCUCACAACGACGGCGUGACAGACGACUCGAACUACAUUCUUUCUGCCAUCAACAAGUGCAACAACGGUGGUCAUGUCAUCUUCUCGGAAGGUCAGAAAUAUGUCAUCGGCACAGCCUUGAACCUGACCAACCUCAACCACAUCGAUAUCGACAUCCAAGGCUAUGUCCAAUUCACCAACGAUACCGACUACUGGCAAGCGAACGCUUUCAAACAAGUCUUCCAAAAUGCCACAACAUUCUUCCAGCUCGGUGGAAAUGAUGUGAAUGUAUAUGGCGGAGGCUACCUUGACGGCAACGGCCAGGUCUGGUAUGACUUGUAUGCUCAGAACAUCUACAUUUUGAGACCUGUUCUGUUUGGUGUUGUUGGCUUGCUCAACUCGACUAUUCAGAACUUGAAUCUGCGAUACAGUCCGCAGUACUAUAACUGGGUCGCCAACAGCACCAAUGUCCUGUUCUCGAACAUUUCAAUUUCAGGAUACAGCCAGAGCAAGAAUGUGGCUAAGAACACUGAUGGAUGGGACACCUACCGCAGCGACAACAUCGUCAUCCAAAACUCAGUAAUAAAUAACGGCGAUGACUGUGUCUCAUUCAAGCCCAACAGCACCAACAUGCUAGUUCAGAACCUUCAAUGCAACGGCAGUCAUGGCAUCAGUGUUGGAUCUCUCGGCCAGUAUCCCACCGAGACCGACAUAGUAGAGAACGUCCUCGUCUACAACAUCUCCAUGUCCAACGCCAGCGACGGCGCCCGCAUCAAAGUUUGGCCAGGCUCCCCCGCCGCCCUCUCUGGAGACCUCCAAGGCGGAGGCGGCAAAGGCCGUGUCAACAACAUCACCUACGACACCAUGAACAUCAACAACGUCGACUACGCCAUCGAAGUCACACAAUGCUAUGGCCAGAAGAAUUUGACUGCUUGCAAUGAGUUUCCCUCCAAAUUGACCAUUUCGAAUAUCGUCAUGAAGAAUAUUCAUGGCACUACCAGCUCCAAGUACAGUCCGAUUUCUGGAUAUGUGGUUUGUAGCAGUCCGAGUGUUUGCACUAAUAUCGAGCUGUCGGAUAUCAAUGUUAGUAGUCCGAAUGGCACCGUCAAUGAGUUUUCUUGUGGCGAUGUGGAUCAGAGUUUGUUGCAAGGCAUUCAGUGUACUUCUAUCAACAAGGGGUACAACUGA